UGUCUGUCGUCUGUCUGUCCAUCUGUCUGUGUCGGCUCUGCACAACGUGGUUUUGUGCAGCCAUUCUAAACUUCAAGAAUGGCUGUUACUAAAGUGAAAAAACGACAAGGUUCCAAAAAGACGAAAAAGGCUUGGCGGAAGACUGAUAUUCGAGAUGUUGAAGAGUUUUUGGAGGAUAAGCGACUAGAAGAAAGAUUAGGAGUUUCUUUCAAAGAUAGUAAAGAUGAGGAUUUAUUUACUGUCGAUACGGCUCCAGACUCCAGCAACUUGGAGAAAUAUGAGGGCUUCCAGAAGGAACGCAGAAAUAAAAUUGCAAGUCAACCGCCACGGUGCUUUGCGAAUUUAAAGUCUGAUUCCAAAGUUCCAGAUCCAAUUGCCAAGAGGAAUAGGGUCCGUACUGAUGAAGAACGCAAACAUCCCGUGUUGCGGCUGAAAGAAGCUGAACUUAAAUCUAAAGGCAUUCUUAAAGCUAAAGAGAUCACCCGUAUACGAAGCAGGCAGUAUAAUGCUCAACAGAAAAGGAACAAACCUAAGCCUGGAGAUUUUUCAAAAGAUUUGUGGGAUGAAGAUAAACCGCUGCCAGGUGAAAUGAAUUCCGAAUGGGUUCUGCAACCUGCAAAAGAACACAAUAUUGCUAACUCAAAAUUGAAAGAGAUGGUCAUCAGAUAUUCUAAGAGAAGCAAGCCUAGCAAAAUAGCAGCAAUAGAAAGCCCCCAUCCAGGAGUAUCAUACAAUCCAUCAUUUUCUGCUCACACUGAGUUACUACAGGCAAUCGCCAACAAGGAGAUGGAGCUCAUCAAGAAAGAUAAGCAUAUAAAGAGAGUUACAAGCAAUAUGUUCCAGAGGAUUCCCAGAGAACAAGCAGAGGCUGAUUGGAUGAAAGAAAUGAGCCAAGGUGUGCCUGUGUUAGAUGCAGAAGCUGCAAAACCUGAUGAAGAGCCUACUGACAACAAAGAUUUUAAGGCUAUAAAUCCGCCCACAAACAGAGACAAAAAGAAAGAUCUGAAAGCUAAAAGGAAAGCCAGAGAAGAGAAACUCAAGAAAACUGUUAGGGAGCGAACUAAAGCAGAGAAGAAGAAACAGACUGAUCUUCACUUAUUGAAACGCAUCCAGAAAGACCUGGAUGAGGCACAAGAAAAAGUGAACUUAGUGACGCAGAAGCGGAAAGCUGUCAGGGAAGCCAGUGUGGGCACUACAAGACGUCUUGGCCCAAGGAAGUUUGAAGAUCGGCCUGAGGACUUUAAUCUAGCCUCGGAUUUGAAGGGUAGUUUACGCUCUAUAAAACCACAGGGCAAUCUGUUGGCUGACAGAUUUUCCAGUUUCCAAAAGAGAAACAUGAUGCAUGUGCCACCGGCUAUUUCCGGCAAAUCGAAUAGGCUCAAAGCAAAGAAGGUGAAAAGGUACAAAAAGGCUUCCCACAAAAUGGAAUGGGAAAUAAAUCCUUAUGAAAGACCUGGAUACCUGAAGAAAAAGCAGGCUCAAAGUGCACGUGCCCUUGGACAGAAGUAAUGAAUGUUAUAUGUAAUGAAAUAAAAAUCAAUUAUCUACUUUAUGAUA